CUAACCCGGCACUUUAAAAAAAAAAAUACUUUUAAAGUAGUUAAGAAAUAUUAUUAUUUUUCAUAAAUUAUUGAUAUUUUUUUUAAAAAUAAAUGUCAACUGAACAACGAAACCAAGCAACACUACAUUUGGAUUAGGACCGGAAGUAACAGAAAGUAUGUUACAUGAGAUGUUUAUUCCGUUUGGUGAAAUAGUUGGAGUUGAACUUCCUCGAGAUGAAACAACAGAGGAACCACAUCAAGGCUUUGGUUAUGUAGAAUUUGAACAUAUAGAAGAUGCUCGAGAAGCAAUAGAUAAUAUGGAUCAAUCGGAAGUAUGGGGACGUAUUUUACAUGUAACGACAGCAAAAGCAGAAAGAAAAAUAUUAGAAGGUCUUGGAUCAAAGAUUCCAGUCUGGGAACAAGAGGCAUGGAUUCAACAAUACCAAAUUAAUAAAGAAGAUCGGAAAAUUGUUGAGGAAAAACAAGAAAUUAUACAGUCAUCUUUCGUACCAGUAGGCCCACGUCCUUUAUAA